UAUUACUGAAACUAUUGCCUUAAUGUAUUAUUCAUAAUAGCUAAUAAGAAUGUAUUCAAAGUAUGUAAUAAUGAUAAUUCUCAUAUUCUCUCUAUUUCUAUUCUUCAUAUUUUAUUUUCUUAUUAUGUGUAUUAUGUGCCUCUUGACUUGCCGUCGUGUCAGAGACGCCGGAAGUGCGACAUCAACUAGUCAGCCAUGUAUCGCUAGUGUACACACGGUGCUAUAGAAAAAUAAUAAAAUAAAAUAAAAUUCAGCUGCCGUGUUUCCUGUAUAUCUAUUUUAAAGCAAAGUGUACGACUUGAAUCCACCCGUGUUGGUGUAAACCGAUGGAUAAAGACAAGAAUCACGACACUCCCGACCACAGCCCCUGGAUGGACAUGCACCAGUUCAUCGGCGACCUCCUGGCGUCUUCUUCCGGGAGCUCCGCGAAGGAGCAGGCGGACGUCAUGAACGCGUGGAGCACGUUAGGAGGCGACGCGUUCCAGCAACGAGUCCGACCGAUGCACGACAAGACCGAAGCGGCGCUCAGGAAAAGUAAGCCCAGAGACGGGGAUCUCGAGAUGGAGAAGGGAGAGCAGGGGGGGUCCGCUGGCAACAACCAUAAGGCUCAAGUCAUCCUGCACCUGCAGCCCAUCCUGCACGGGGGAAAUUAUGAGAUUGCAGAUACGAGCAGCACAGUCUUGGCCAUCGAGACUCAACAUGAGGACAACAAGUCAGAAGGGGAGAGCGUGGAGUACGGCUAUCCCAUCACCUGCGGAGAAAGUCGAGCGGUUUUGCUCUUCAAGAAGUUCGUCUGUCCCGGAAUCAACGUUCGAUGCGUCAAAUUUAAUGAGCAGCUUAUCAGUCCUAAGCAGUUUGUACACCUGGCGGGCAAAGCCACCCUGAAGGACUGGAAAAGGGCAAUCAGACUUGGCGGGGUUAUGCUCAGAAAAAUGAUGGACUCUGGCCAGAUCGACUUCUACCAGCACGACACGGUGUGCAGCAACACGUGCCGCAGCACAAAGUUCGACAUGCUGAUCAACAGCUCGCAGCUUCCUCUCGGCACGUCGGCGCAGGUCAACCCGGCGUCUGUGGUUCUCGAGUCUCUCGGGGGGCAGCUGCCUCCCUUGACAGGAGAGUCUUUACAUGAUGCCGCUGACUUGGAGGAGUCCUUGGAUGAUAAAUUUGGCGGCGAGUGGAGCGCCGCGCACCUCGCCACGGCCAAUGGCCUCGCAAAGAGGAAGAGGAAUGACACGCCAGAUGGCCUGUUAAGCCUGUGGAAGGGCGUGGCUGAGUGCGGCCUGAUGGGGGAGGUCCUGUCCGGUCUUCAAGCUCACUUAUUGACGGCUUUGAAAGGAGCGGAAGUCCGCAGCGAGAAGGCCGAGCUGCAGGAGACCGACGCCAUCAUCCUGAAUUCCCUGUGUGAGAUGUUUGGACUUUCAGACUCAGUGAAGCAAGCGCUGGAGCAGCGGCGCAGCCGGAAGGAAGACGACGACGACGGCGGCGGCGGCGGCUACGGCGACCUUUACGGGCUGGACGUGUUGUCAAAGGAGCAGAGAAAGCAGGCCUGCGUUAAAGGCCCCCCCUACAAACACGCACCCCCCAAGCACCUCCGACCCCAACGCCACCAGCCGUCGCCCACCUUCAGCAACACCGUCAUCCAGCCGCUCUCGCUCACGGGAUUACCCGAGCCGCCGUUCGCUCAUCCCAACGUCAACCCUCAGCUCGUCGGUCGCCCGCCCGCCCCCGGCGGCCCCCGAGCGGGGGCCGCGAGGAGGGAGGACAGGACACGGGCGCUCUCGCUCUGCGAGUCGGGCAAACACGCGAGGGCCCGCAAGGCGGGACAGGAACUGACCUCGGAGAUGCAGCGGGAUCUCGGACUCACGGCGUGCAAGCUUCAGGCUCAGUUGGCAAGUGAGGAGCUCGGGGGGGCGCAGAGCUCGCACGGCUUUGAAAAGUUGGCCGCGGCGAGGAAGGGCUUCAAAAAACUGAGAACGAAAUGAGAAUGAAUCAAAGUCGAAGGCAGUUUGUAAAAAAAUUCUUUCAGAGUUAGUCUUUGGUUACAGUAUUUCCCCCUUGUGGUUAAAAAAAAAAUUGUUUUGGGUUAGGUAGCCAAAGGAAACAUUUCUUAUAAUAUUUUUAAUUGAGAAUACUUUUUUUUUUGGUGAGUUAUUGUACAAUCAAGCGUUGAGGUUUAUAUGAUUCCAAUUUUUAAAACACCUUCUGUACAUCUCACACAGGCUUUCAUUAUGGUAUAAAGUUGCAGCUCAAUAAUAAUAAUAAUAAUCAUAAUAAAGCAUGUAUCUCCGAGGGUUGUAUUUAUUUUUUUUAUAUCUGGAAUACAAAAUAUUUUUUUUGGUCUGAAAGUACAUAGCACACAUUUACAAAUACAGAGUACAUGCUUUUUAUCGGACAGCAAUAUGAUCUAUGCACAAGUUACACUUUGCAGCGUAUAUAAUUUAAUUGUAGCGAUAUUUCUAACUGCGAUUGAUCAUAAAGCAACAAAUGACUUCCUUGCUAAUGAAAUAUGUUUUAAAAGAUGUAAAAA